ACUGCAUUCCGCCAGUCUCAACAAUCUGUUAAUAUUGAAAUAAUUUAUUCCGAUAUUUAACCUCUAGGGCUGUUUCGUUUGUGCCGCCUCAACGGCAGAAAGCAUGUUCCGAAUUGGCAUUAAAUUUUCGUCAACCCCACACGAUCGGAUAAUUAAAAUUAAUAAAUAUGGGCACUCGAGGUUUUACGCAGUCACCAGGUGCAGGGACAUUCAGCCAGGAAGAAGACGAGGCAUAGAAGGACGGAAAGAUGUCAGGGUCAUCGUGGCACAGGCGAGGGCUGGGUACUCGUCGGAGGCACCUCCAAGGGGAAAGUCUGGGGGCAAGGGACUUUUACUGGUGGGCUCGAUAACCCUGGGGACAGUGGGCAUUCUGGCACUGGCUAAGAACAACUCGGAUAUCAGAAAACAGCUGGAGGAGUGGAUUCCAGGAACCGAUAAAACAAUCAAAGUCAUUUUUCAGGAGGAGGGAUCGUACUUCGAUCAAGUGCGUGAAUUCUUCAACAAUUUGAAAAACAGUGUUAUUGGAGGGGUUUUUGGUGAUGGGAAUCCAGAAGUCCAGAAGAAGAAAGAUGAUAAACCAGCUCCAAAGCCAUCGUUCGAGCCCCUGGUCUUAACAAAAGAGCCACCAGUUAACGAUCCAUACGCUGAAAUCCGCCAGAGUAAGGAAAAAGGAGAGAAAAUUCAAGUUGUGGUGGAGAAACCAUCGCCCCCCAAGAAAGAAGUUCCGGAGGAAUUGAAGCCCAACAAUCUCGUGGAACUCGAGGCUUUCUGUGGAGAAGCUGCCACCAAGGCCAUCACUGCCUAUCAGGAGGCAACCAAUGCCAUUCGCCAGUACAAUCAGGAUGUUGUCAAGGUGGUGGAAGGUGGGAACGGUGCUCCUGGUAAUAUUGCCGGCCCUCUUUGGCAAAGAUUGAAAGAAGCAACUGACAAAAGAAAACGUUCAACUCAGGAGGCGGAAAGAAGCGCCACCGAAGCCAUCGAAAGUCUCAAGCGUCUCUCAACUGUAGUUGACGAUCCCCAAUUCGAUGCCCCGUCCGUUAUGAAAGCAGCUGCCCGUCGAAAUGUCAAAAAAAUAAUUGACGACGUAGACGAUGCGAAGAAGAAGUAUGACGAGGAGGAGCGCUCGGCCAACAUAACCGAGAGAUACUGGAAUAAAGUUAAAACAGCCAGGGAAAAUUUCAACGAAGAGCUGCAAAUAUUAUUUCCCAACAUCAAUAUUCACGACAAAAAUUUCAGCGUUAAUGAGGAGGCGUUUGAUAUAUUCGUUCUUCACAUGUAUAACAGGGUGAACUAUUUGCAGAAAGAGCUGGAGAAGCUAGAGAGCGUUGAUAGUGCGAGAUUAAGGGCUGCUUUGAAAUCCAGUGGGGAUGCACCUUCUGACGAGAAAUUGAAUGAACUUGUCUGUCGUGAAGUCAAUAAGGAGAAGAGAAUCCUUACUGAUGAGUUUGAGAAAAAGGUGCUGGCUGAACGCAAAUCAUUUGAAGAAGAAAUUCGGCGACAACUUAAGCUCCAAGCGCAGGUGAAUGCCGACCACCUGAAGGAGGUCCUCGAGAUGAAAGACAAGGAGACUCAGAGGCUGAUAAAUCGUGCAGCUAGUGAGCAGGCCGAGGCAGAAUCUAUCAAAUAUAAAACACAGCUGGCCGUAAUUGUUGGUAGAUUGCGAGGACUGGACGAGGCACUCAAGCUUCGUCUGAGCGAGGAAAAAGGCGCCUGCGAUGCCCAAAUGCUAUGGGCUGCAUGUCAAGCCCUGGGUAGAGCGAUGAAAGUGGCACCCCCAGGAGCUCCAGCUGAUAAACCCGUGAGGCCGCUCGAGGCCGAAAUAAACGCGGUCUCCAAAGUCGCACCCAAGGACGAUGCACUGGUUAAGGCGACACUUGAGGGAAUACCCGAAGAGGCUGUAAAGCGCGGAGUUUUCCCCGAGGAUGCGCUCAGAGAGCGAUUCUUAAAGGUGGAGCACAUGGCAAGACGUCUGGCUCUGGUACCAGCCGAGGGUGCCUCACUACCGAUUUAUUUGCUCAGCUAUCUUCAGAGUCUCCUUCUGGUUAAGGCAAUAAGUCCGAUAUCGAAGAGUGAACUGUCGGACGAGCCCAUUGACGUCAGUAAAUUGGAUACAUACGAUGUAUUGGAUCGUGCCAGGUAUUGGCUGGAUCGGGGUGACUUCAAGAUGACUCUUAGGUACAUGAAUCUGCUGAAGGGUGCAUCGAGGUCGGUGGCUAGGGAUUGGAUGAAUGAGACUAGAAUACUUCUCGAGACACAGCAGGCAGCCGAGACACUCAUGGCAUAUGCCGGUGCAAUAGGACUCGUUUUUCUCGGCAGUGGGGAUCCCAAGAACUAGAAUUCCCGGGAGAAAUCGUCCUCCAAAGUGUACCAAUUAAUUGACGCCCGUUGCAGCGCUUCUUCAUUUAUCCGACGUCUUUUUUUAGUGGUGGUGACAUUUGUUUAGAUGCUGGAAUAAUUGGGACAGCCGAAAACGAAAAAAAAACUUUCAUAUUGUCAAUUCUGAAAAAUUGAUAUUCGCCCGAAUAGUCUUCGUCUAGUCCCAGUACAUUCAACAACAGGAACAUCAGAAAAUUACACUUUGUGCUGUGAAGUAAAUAAAAUUGUGGAAACCAACAACUGAAUGUAUAAAUAAAAUGAAUUAGAAUGUU